CUUCUCAUUUAUCCGUCGUAAUCUGUCGUAAUCUUUAAUCCAUGUCACUGAUUUUAAUAUUCAUACUACACACAACAUUUUUGGAUGCCCUGUCCUUUUUUGCUUGCAUCAAAUACAUCAAAUACAUCAAAUACAUCAAAUACAUCAACCACCAACCAUCAACCAUCAACCAUCAACCGCGAUAAGGAAUUUGUUUCUCAAAUUACUCGGUACCUUCUAUUGCAGAAUCUUGCCCCAUUCAUCCCAUUCUUAAUAAGCUCUACCAAAUUAGCUCUUCAUAGAUUUUACCUCUAAACAGCUUCUCAAACUUCCACAUCAGCCAUACAAUCAAUCCACUGACCACAUCACAUCCCAUCACCAUCCGCCAAACAUAAUUGGGACGAAAGGCUUUUCACAAAUUGAAGUAAUGUCUAGUGUGAAAACAAGACGGCAAACAGCUGCCGCUUCUACUCCAUCAACUCCGACGCCAGCAGCUCGGGAACAAGCCAUCAUGAAUGGUAAUGGUAAUGGUUCAGCACACAAACCCGAGGAGGUAGAAUAUCCUAAAGAGAACAUAUUUCUCUUCUGGCCAAAUGUUAUCGGUAAGCUUGAUCAAAUAUAUGUGCAGAUACUUGGCGCAUUCUAAUCUUUUCUAGGAUACUUUCGAAUCGUUCUCGCAUUAGUAUCCCUCUACUACAUGCCCCUUCAUCCACGAACCUGUACUCUCCUAUACAGUAUCUCCUGUCUUCUCGAUGCUCUCGAUGGAUAUGCGGCCAGAGCCUUUGAACAAUCUACAAAAUUUGGCGCGGUUUUGGAUAUGGUGACAGAUCGCUGUACCACAGCCUGCUUAUUGGUCUUCCUUUCUUCUGCAUGGCCUCGAUGGGCUCUUCUUUUCCAAGGACUUAUCUCUCUGGAUUUGGCUAGUCAUUACAUUCACAUGUAUGCGACUCUUGUUAUGGGAGGAGGGGAUACUAGUCACAAGCAAGUCGAUAAAUCUAGAAGCUGGAUCUUAAACUUGUACUACACGAAUAAGGUACGUACACCCAUGCAUACAAUGCCUGCCGAUUAAUCUAACAAUUGGAUGACAGACUGUCCUCUUCCUCUUCUGUGCCCUUAACGAAGUGUUCUUCAUCGCUCUCUACCUCCUUUCCUUCUCUUCCCCACUUCUCUCACCAUCUCUUCUUCAAGUCGCCAACAAUGGCGAAGCUGGAGCCACCCUCAUCCCCGGGAACCCUUCCAACCCAUCCGCAGCAUCUCUUUUUGCCAACCCAUAUAGCGCUGGCGCAUUGGAGCUUGCACGCGCAAAUAAGAUGGACUCUUUCUGGCCAUGGGUUAUUGCUGGUGUCUCUUUCCCCGUCAUGGCUGGAAAACAAAUCAUCAAUGUCGUACAAUUGGUCAAAGCUAGUCGAUGGUUGGCUGAAGGAGAUAUUGAAAUGAGGAGAGCGGCAGGAUUACCAAGACAGAGAAAGACGAAUUGAUCACCUCGUUUCCUUAUUUCCGUGGAUCUGUUCGAGUCUCUCGACUCAUUUGUGUAAGAUGGGACUUGUCAAGUCCCUAACACAAAUCUACACAUCGGCUGUGUAGUUGUAUCAGACAUAUUGGCCAUGUACAGUGCCAUUUUUGCAUUCAUUCGUUCGUUUAUUCACUCAUUUAUUUCGAAAUCACACAAUAGGGAGCAUAUGUAGAGAGGAAUGGCGUCGGAACUAAUUUGCUGCCAUCCCUUUACACGAUAGGCAUGUGAAGUAGGGUAAAGGUUUGCAUUCAAUAUAAUAAUAAUAUUUCACUUGCAUUUGGAUUGCAUUUGAAUUGUACUUGUAUAUGCAAUAGCUAUUUGUGAAGCAACGAAAGAGGAUUUUCUGAGACAUGCUCUAGGGGAAAUAGGUUAUUGCCUAGGCUUUGGUGGGAGAGAGGGCUUGCAUUUGAUGAAGAAACGUUGAUCAGAACUUCACAUGCACAUAUGCGGUGUACAGUACUUAAAUAGUAUAUGUAAUAAAUAUGUAUAGCCUUGAUGGUCGCGUGUUCAUGUG